UACAGGUAUCUACACUAGUUUUAUUGUUGCCAUGAUACAAAAAUAAACAAAUACAUAAAUUGAAAAGUGCAUAAUUACUUUGAGUUAGAAACACUUGGUUGAAGAAUGAUAGAAUAAAAAUGUCUUUAAUUAAUAAUAUAAACAGAUUGAACUUCAAUGACGAUGAAUACAAUUUUAUUUAUGGUAUUGUGGAUGAACUAUCGAAAAAUGUAUUAAAAGUUGUGUCUCAAAGAUCUUUAGACGAGAAAGAAAUACAGUUUAUAAGCCGUUGCAACAUUAACGCCAUAUUUCGAUUAUUCAAACUUCCGUAUCCUCGUGUUGAUAGCGAAGAUUUGAGUGCACAGUCACAUAUAUUUUUAGAUCCUCCACCUCAAAGUGGAAAAGUUGUCUUUACUUCUACAAUACCAAUUAAAGAAGUUAAAAAAAUGACUAAAUUAAAAAUAAAUAAUCGAACUACGAGGAAUAAUAUAAUAUAAGUAGGCACUAUGUAUUAAUUUAAAAAUAAAUAAAUAUAUUUCUGACUUUA